AAGACAGCUCGAAAAAAGAAAGACAGCAUUUGAGGUGCAAUGGCUCGCCCUCGGCUGACUAAAGAAACAUGGCUCCCCUUAGCGUGGUUUGGCGUACCGCAGGCGGGGCCCUGGAGUUUGGACAACCCGCUCUCCACAGAGCUAUUGGCCAAUCACGCUGUGGUUUCAGAGCUUGACCUCUCCCGGGAAAAAAAGUUCCAGCCUCGCGCCAGUGGAAAGCACGACUGCGCCUUUGCCUCACGCGGCAAUCUUCAUCUCCAUUGUCAACCACCCUCUCCAGUCUUGACUAUCCAUCAUCCAAGAUUAGCCUUGUUACGCCACAAGCAUCCGCAAUCAUGAACGGCGACGGCUAUUCUCGUGGACGAGGAAAGGGAUCUCGCGACUACCCGAGGGAUCGCGAUGAUAGACGCGGUGAUCGAGACAGACACCGAGACCGAAGACGCUCCCGUUCGCCCUACGACCGAAGCUCCAGACGUCGCGAGGACGAGGACAGCUAUGCGACCAGCCGCAGUCAUCGCGAGCGCGAGCGAGAGGAUCGAUACUCUGGACGCGAUAGACGUGGAGGUGACCGAGAAUGGGAUCGCGACCGUGCAUCGACCAGGCGCGAUGCCAGAAGAGACGACGAUGACCGUCCUCGGAGAGACCGCGACCCGUAUGACGACAGACGCCGGGGCGGACGAGACAGGAACGAGGAUCCCGGCUUUGGCCGCCGCGAACGCCAGCGGAGCGCGACGCCCCCUCCAAAGAAGAGGGAACCCACGCCUGAUUUGACCGACGUCACGUCAGUCCUGGAGCGCAAGCGACGUUUGACUCAGUGGGACAUCAAACCCCCUGGUUAUGAGAAUGUCACUGCUGAACAAGCCAAGCUGUCAGGCAUGUUCCCUCUGCCCGGCGCUCCCCGCCAGCAGCCUAUGGAUCCGAGCAAGCUCCAGGCCAUCAUGAAUCAGCCCGGUGGUCAAGUCAACAGCGCUGCGCUGAAGCCUAGCAACUCGCGUCAGGCCAAGCGACUGCUCAUCAACAACCUCCCUCCUUCCGCGACCGAGGAAAGCAUCCAGAACUUCUUCAACUUGCAGCUGAAUGGACUGAACAUCAUCGAGAGCACCGAUCCCUGUACUAGUUGUCAGGUUUCUAAGGACCACUCGUUCGCCGUUGUCGAGUUUAGAAACGCAUCCGAAGCCACCGUGGCGCUGGCUCUCGACGGAAUCUCAAUGGAGGCCGAAGAUGCCACAAAUGGAGCAGCAGCCGACCAGGGUCUGGUCAUCCGCCGGCCAAAGGACUACAUCGUCCCGGCUGUGGUCGACGAUGUCCCUUACGAGCCGGGCGUCGUGUCCAACAUCGUCGUCGAUACGCCCAACAAGAUUAGUGUUGCCAACAUGCCCGUCUACCUCUCCGAGGAGCAAGUUUCAGAGCUUCUUGUGUCCUUUGGCGAACUCAAGGCGUUUGUGCUUGUUCGUGACAAGAGUACGGAAGAGUCUCGAGGCAUUGCGUUCUGCGAGUAUGUUGAUCCCGCAGCCACAGACGUUGCCAUCCAGGGUCUCAACGGUAUGGACCUCGGCGACAAGAGGCUCAAGGUUCAGAAGGCCAGCGUGGGUGUUACCCAAGUAGCCGGAGUAGAGAUGGGCGUUGCCGCCAUGUCUAUGCUGGCGGGAACGACUUCAACAGACUCUGAGGAGACCCGUGUUUUGCAACUUCUCAACAUGGUGACACCCGAGGAACUGAUGGACAAUGACGACUAUGAAGAAAUCAAGGAAGACGUCCAAGAAGAGUGCGCCAAAUUUGGUACCGUUCUCGACAUCAAGAUUCCUCGGCCAGUCGGAGGAAGCAGGCAGUCUGCUGGUGUGGGCAAGAUCUUUGUCAAAUUUGAAACGAAGGAGGCCGCAAACAAAGCGCUUAAAGCGCUUGCAGGACGCAAAUUUGCCGACAGAACUGUCGUCACAACCUAUUUCCCUGAGGAGAACUUCGAGGUCGGUGCUUGGUAAUUGCUUUUGGCGGAUAGCGGUGGGGGAAACAGAAGAAGCCAUACACAGGUAUCUAUCGUAAGGGCAGGGCUCGGCGGAAAAGAAAUUUCGGGCUAGUCGUCUGCUGACUGCCUUGUAACCAACCAAAAUGCUGUAUCAUAAUUCCGUGGCGAGACGAGCCAGGCAUGGAGUCUUCUUUCAGUCGCUCGAAUUAGAUCUACUUACGGGUGCACUCUGCAGCCAGCGUGAUGGUCACGAAUGAAAGCCAGGUGACUUUAUAUAACGCAUUCCUCCCGCUUAAAGCUGUGAG